UUCAAAUUGAUUAAAAUUUUUAGUAGUUACUUUUGAUUCCUAAAAUAUAAAUUCAAAGGAAUUAUAUAUAAAUGACUGACGCCAAACAAGAGAAAGCCGAAUUGGCAGCACUUCGUCAGGAACCGAUCAGUUUUAGACAGCAGUUUCAGGGUCAGCAAUGUGGCCUGAAACAUCAUUCACCCGAGGACUUUCAUAGAUCUCAAUGGCAAUCGGAACUGAAGUCGUGUGGGUUUCUUAUCUAUCGCUGGUGCUUGGCCGCCUUCUUUGGCUCUGGUUUGGUCACCAAUCUAGUACUCUAUUAUUAUAAAGGUUAUUGGUUUAUCUACCUGACCAACUGGGGUUUUCUUCUGUGUUCGCUAACUAGCAUAACUGGUGCAAUUCUUGUGAGCAUAUAUCACAUUAAUCCGGAAAGAAUGAUGCGUCGCACCUGUUUGGUUAAAUGUUAUUGGGCUUUAUAUUGGAUAAAUUUGAUAGUUGCACAUAUCAUAAGUAUUCUCUACUGGAGUCUCAUUUAUCCCAGCGAUAGAACGCACGAUAAUCCCAUGCGGCUAAGCACCUUGGAUAAUAUAUGGACUCAUGCGUUGCCCCCGUUGUUCUUCACAGUAGAUCAUAUGGUGGUGGCGCAUCCGGCGCGUAUUAUGCAUUUUAUUUACCCGCUGGGAUUCUCGAUUGGUUAUGUAGCAUUUUCCUGGGUCUUCUAUUUACUUGGUUGCCGGGAUCCACGUGGUCACGCCUACAUUUAUCCGAUGUUAGACUAUAGAAAACCGGGGAGAGCCAUUAGAACCAUUGCCAUGACAAUGCUUCUCUUGAUUGGCUGUUCGACUUUACAGUAUGGAGUCUACCGGCUAAGAGUAUUUAUAGCGCGCAAGCUUAAUAAACUGCAGUAAUUCAUGUAUAUAUCA